CUUCAGGCCACGGAAACACAACCCUCACUUUCUCUCUCUCUGGCAUUCAUGCUGCUGGUAGGAGCCCCCCAAGUAAAAACCUUUAGUGCUCCUUCCUCGGGGAAACGUAUAGCUUCAGGAUCACAGCUCAGUUUUCAAGAUGGACGUGAGCUGGACGACCUUCUGAUGGGCUUUAGACUUUGAAUUGAAUGUGGACAUUUUUCUCUCAGAUGACAGAAUCCCUCCAACUUCCCCUUUGCAGUUGCUUCCUUUCCUUGAAGGUAGCCGUAUCUUGUUUUCUUUAAAGAAAAACGUUUUCCCUCCAAAGUUGCCUGCCAUGCCGACCGUCAUUAGUGCGUCCGUGGCCCCACGGACAGGGGCUGAGCCCAGGUCCCCAGGGCCCAUUCCUCAGCCAGCCCAGAGCAAGACCAUCGAGGCUGGGGGCGGAAACCCAAGUGGCAUCUACUCAGCCAUCAUCAGCCGCAAUUUUCCUAUAAUUGGAGUGAAAGAGAAGACUUAUGAGCAGCUUCACAAGAAAUGUCUAGAAAAGAAAGUUCUUUAUGUGGACCCUGAGUUCCCACCGGAUGAGACCUCUCUCUUCUAUAGCCAGAAGUUCCCCAUCCAGUUCGUCUGGAAGAGACCCCCGGAAAUUUGUGAGAAUCCCCGAUUUAUCAUUGGUGGAGCCAACAGAACUGACAUCUGUCAAGGAGAUCUAGGGGACUGCUGGUUUCUCGCAGCUAUCGCCUGCCUGACCCUGAACAAGCGGCUCCUUUUCCGGGUCAUACCCCAUGAUCAAAGUUUCGUGGAAAACUAUGCAGGGAUCUUCCACUUCCAGUUCUGGCGCUACGGAGACUGGGUGGACGUGGUUAUUGAUGACUGUUUGCCAACAUACAACAAUCAACUGGUUUUCACCAAAUCCAACCACCGCAAUGAGUUCUGGAGUGCCCUGCUGGAGAAGGCUUAUGCUAAGCUCCAUGGUUCCUAUGAAGCUCUGAAAGGUGGGAAUACCACAGAGGCCAUGGAGGACUUCACAGGAGGGGUGACAGAGUUUUUUGAGAUCAGAGAUGCCCCCAGAGAAAUGUACAAGAUCAUGAAGAAAGCCAUCGAGCGAGGCUCCCUCAUGGGCUGCUCCAUUGAUGAUGGCACGAACAUGACCUAUGGAACCUCUCCUUCUGGUCUGAACAUGGGGGAGUUGAUUGCACGGAUGGUGAGGAAUAUGGAUAACUCGCUGCUCAGGGACUCAGACCUCGACCCCAGAGGCUCAGAUGACAGACCGACCCGGACAAUUGUUCCGAUUCAGUAUGAGACAAGAAUGGCCUGUGGGCUGGUGAAAGGUCACGCCUACUCAGUCACUGGGCUGGAAGAGGCCCGAUUCAAAGGUGAGAAAGUAAAGCUGGUGCGGCUGCGGAACCCCUGGGGCCAGGUGGAGUGGAACGGCUCUUGGAGUGAUGGUUGGAAGGACUGGAGCUUUGUGGACAAAGAUGAGAAGGCCCGUCUGCAGCACCAGGUCACUGAGGAUGGAGAGUUCUGGAUGUCAUAUGAUGAUUUCAUCUACCAUUUCACAAAGCUGGAGAUCUGCAACCUCACAGCCGACGCCCUGGAGUCUGACAAGCUCCAGACCUGGACAGUGUCGGUGAAUGAAGGCCGCUGGGUGAGGGGCUGCUCUGCUGGAGGCUGCCGAAACUUCCCAGACACUUUCUGGACCAACCCACAGUACCGUCUGAAGCUCCUGGAGGAGGACGACGACCCAGAUGACUCUGAGGUGAUCUGCAGCUUCCUGGUGGCCCUGAUGCAGAAGAACCGUCGGAAGGACCGGAAGCUGGGGGCCAACCUCUUCACCAUCGGCUUCGCCAUCUAUGAGGUUCCCAAAGAGAUGCAUGGGAACAAGCAGCACCUGCAGAAGGACUUCUUCCUGUACAACGCCUCCAAGGCCAGGAGCAAGACCUACAUCAACAUGCGGGAGGUGUCCCAGCGCUUCCGCCUGCCUCCCAGCGAGUAUGUCAUCGUGCCCUCCACUUAUGAGCCCCACCAGGAGGGAGAGUUCAUCCUCCGGGUCUUCUCUGAAAAGAGGAAUCUCUCUGAGGAAGCUGAAAACACAAUCUCUGUGGAUCGGCCAGUGCCACGACCUGGCAACACUGACCAGGAAAGUGAAGAGCAGCAGCAAUUUCGGAACAUUUUCAAGCAGAUAGCAGGCGAUGACAUGGAGAUUUGUGCAGAUGAGCUCAAGAAUGUCCUUAACACGGUUGUGAACAAACAUAAGGACCUGAAGUCACACGGGUUCACGCUGGAGUCUUGCCGUAGCAUGAUUGCUCUCAUGGAUACAGAUGGCUCUGGGAGGCUGAAUCUACAAGAGUUCCAUCACCUCUGGAAUAAGAUUAAGGCCUGGCAGAAAAUUUUCAAACACUAUGACACAGACCAAUCUGGCACCAUUAAUAGCUACGAGAUGCGAAACGCAGUCAAUGAUGCAGGAUUCCACCUCAACAGCCAGCUCUAUGACAUCAUCACCAUGCGCUACGCGGACAAACACAUGAACAUUGACUUCGACAGUUUCAUCUGCUGCUUCAUCAGGCUGGAGGGCAUGUUCAGAGCUUUCAAUGCAUUUGACAAGGACGGAGAUGGCAUUAUCAAACUCAAUGUUCUGGAGUGGCUACAGCUCACCAUGUAUGCCUGAACCAGGCUAGCCUCAUCCAAAGCCAUGCAGGAUCACUCAGGAUUUCAAGUUCACCCAAUACAGCUGGAAGCACUUACCUCAAAGGACCCAGAGGACCCAGAAGUUGCUGCCCAGCAGGCCUCCAGGCUUCCACUUUGCUCCCUACUAGGCCUUGACCAGUCAUGCCCAGUCUGUCCCUUUAGUAAAGCAAUGUGGUAGGGAGAACAUUGUCCCUUUGCCAUGUGAAGGAAAAGUGUCUGUUUCAGCGAGUUGUAACCCAAGAGGUUUGGGCUGAUCUGAGACAAAUGCGUCCUGCUUCCCCUGCUUUGGGCUGUUUGCAGAAGCAUUUGGCAGUGGAACUCAGCACUUCUUUUGUGCUGGAAGCCUCCAUCAUUUUUAUGCUCUCCCACCCAUGGGAUAGUAACCAAACCAGCACUUUGUCUGCCUGAUUGUUUUAGGAGAGGCCUGCUUUGGGUAAACUAACUCAGUGGAAUAGGGCUGGAUAUCUUGGGUCAUCUCACGUGUAAGUCUGGCCACAAUCUUAAAAAAAAAACUGAUCUAAAUAAAGGCAUGUGUA